CCUCGCGUCCCUUUAUUCUACGUUGGUGGAUAAUAACGUCGUGACUGCUGAAGUUGGAAGAUUCCUUCAAGCAGCGGCUGAUAGCAGCUGCUGACGAUAAUCUGUUACCGAGUUUUCUCGACAUAUUCAGUGCCUAUAUGCGACAGACGGGACGAAAAACAAUCCUGCGGCAGAUGGAGACCGAGAGAGCAGAACCCGCUGGCGACUUGGAUGCACCUCUCCACCCUGCCCACCAGAUGUGUUCCGAGUCUGACACUGAUGACAGUGAGGACUGGAGAGAGACCAGUAACACUCAGUCAGAUUCCAUCUCUGUUGAGAAUCCAAACAUUGAUGCCAAGGAGGAGACGGAUGAUAAUGAUCACAAAUCACGUGGGAAGAAAUGCACCUCGAAAGCUAAAUUGACAGAUUGCAAGAAAUCGUGUGAUGGACCUCCGACUUGUUUGCUUUGUGGGAACCGUUUUGAAACAAGAAGGAAACUGUUGAGCCACAUGAGAAUACACGCUGGUGAAAAACCUUUCAUCUGCUUUCAGUGUGGAAAAGGUUUUUCAGUAAGAGGUAGCUUGAACAGACACAUGAGCGUUCACACUGGAGAAAAACCUUUUAUCUGCUCCCAGUGUGGAAAAGGUUUUUCACAAAACAGCGGCCUAAAGGAACACAUGACAUGUCACACUGGUGAAAAACCUUUCAUCUGCUCCCUGUGUGGAAAAGGUUUUAAAUUCAAAGGCAGCCUAAAUAAACACGUGCGAAUUCACACUGGUGAAAAACCUUUCAACUGCUCCCUGUGUGGAAAAGGUUUUCCAUUCAACAGCAGCCUAAAGACUCACAUGAGUGUUCACAAUGGUGAAAAACCUUUCUCCUGCUCGCAGUGUGGAAAACGUUUUUCACGCAACAGCAGCCUAAAUAAACACAUGCGAACUCACACUGGUGAAAAACCUUUCAUCUGCUCCCAGUGUGGAAAAGGUUUUUCACUAAACGGCAAUCUAAAGCAACACAUGAUGACUCACACUGGUGAAAAACCUUUCAUCUGCUCCCAGUGUGGUAAAUGUUAUUCAGAAAGCACCAAACUGAGGAGACACAUGAGAGUGCACACUGGUGAAAAGCCUUUCAUCUGCUCCCAGUGUGGAGAAGGUUAUUCAGACAGCAGUGGAUUAAAGUAUCACAUGAGUGUUCACACUGGCGAAAAACCUUUCAUCUGCUCCCAGUGUGGAAAAGGUUUUACACUCAACAGUAACCUAAAGCAACACAUGAUAACUCACACUGGUGAAAAACCUUUCAUCUGCUCCCAGUGUGGUAAAGGUUUUACACUCAACAGCAACCUAAAGAAGCACUUGAGAAUUCACACUGGUGAAAAACCUUUCAUCUGCUCCCAGUGUGGAAAAGGUUUUACACGCCCCAGUAACCUAGAUACACACAUGCAAACUCACACAAGUGAAAAACCUUUCAUCUGCUCCCUGUGUGGUGAAUGUUAUUCAGUGAGCAGGAGACUAAAGAGACACAUGACAGUUCACACCGGUGAAAGACCUUUCAUCUGCUCCCAGUGUGGAAAAGGUUUUUCACUCAACAGCAACCUAAUGCAACACAUGAUAACUCACACUGGUGAAAAACCUUUCAUCUGCUUCCAGUGUGGUAAGGGUUUUUCACUCAACAGCAACCUAAAGAAGCACAUGAAAACUCACACAGGUGAAAAACUUUCAUCUGCUCCCAGUGUGGAAAAGGUUUUUCAGGUUGCAGCAACUUAGAGAUACGCAUGAAACUUUACAUCUGCUCCCAAUGCGAAAAUGUUCAGAGAAAAAAGUUACCUGAGGAGGCAUAUGAAGAUUCACUCUGGAGAAAACCUUUCAUUCCUUGUAAUGAAAAAGACACCGGUGUGCUGUGCAC